CGCUGUUCUGACCCAAGCAGGCGAAGUUAGCGCCUGUUGGUCCACCGGACACUCCGGACCUUGACCUUGGACAGCAAGCGCAUGGAGGAGACGGACAUUGACGUAGGGGGACAGACGGAUGGUAGUGACGAUCUGAAGAACUCAAAUCUUUCAGUGAUAAAUACGAGUAAUCCCGAGUUUGAGCAGAGCGCUUCGUCCUUCACUCCUGAAGUGCGGGAGGAGGGAGACUUUGCGGCCCGGCUACAGGAUGAUCCAGGCAGGAGAACCGCCUCGGUGAAGCCUCCGUACUCAUACAUCGCUCUCAUCACCAUGGCCAUCCUCCAGAGCCCGAAAAAAAGACUCACCCUCAGUGAGAUAUGUGAUUUUAUCAGCCAGCGCUUUGCGUAUUAUCGGGAGAAGUUCCCUGCUUGGCAAAACUCAAUCCGUCACAACUUGUCUCUAAAUGACUGCUUUGUCAAAACGCCCCGGGAGCCUGGGAAUCCUGGCAAGGGGAAUUACUGGACACUGGAUCCCAUGUCGGCAGGUAUGUUUGAAAACGGGAGUUUUCUUCGGCGGAGGAAACGCUUCAAGAGGCAACAUUUCUAUCUCGGGGCGUUGAAGGACUGCGGGGCGAAGGCGCGCAGCCUGAUGCCCGUGUUUCCUCUCCUCGGAGGGCACCGGAUGAGUUCUUGUCUCCAGGCUCCUGGAUUGUACCACGAUCUGAGCUUCAGAAGUCGAUCAGGCCCCCACACUAUUCCCAGCAUCCCACCUGUAGGCAGCAUUAUACCUGCACUCUCCUGUCUCCUCUCCAACAGUUUCCCCUCAUGUAUCACCUUUGAACAUUUGGACCCGGGACGCUGCACGGCUGUCCCAUCUCUGGCUCCAAACUGCUCGUCCAUGCCUCCUGUCUCGCUGCACGGAAUGAACUACCCUGCUUCUCAGCUAUCACAUUUCCCUACUGGCAUCCUAAAAGUUUCGUCUAAUUUAAUUUAAUGUUGCUUAAUGAUGCCUUUCUUGAACGGAAUCGUCUCAUUCUUCGACUGAGAAUAAACUCACAUGGUACAUUAUGUACAAAUACAGUUUUUUAUGAUGGCCUAAGCUUGUAAACAGGCCUUCAUUUGUUUUUGAAUAAGUGAUAUUUUACAGUUAUGUUUGGAAUAGAACGUGGUUGAAUUCAGAGUGCAAUGUGAAUUAAAUAUCCGAGUUUAUAUUCAUAUACACUAUCAAA